CCCGCCCCGCCCCGCCCCGCCCCGCUCCUCUCCGGCCGCGCAGCCGCUGCCGCCCACCCGCACCCGCCGUCAUGCUGCGGGCCGCGCUGCCCGCGCUCCUGCUGCCGUUGCUGGGCCUCGCCGCUGCUGCCGUCGCGGACUGUCCUUCAUCUACUUGGAUUCAGUUCCAAGACAGUUGUUACAUUUUUCUCCAAGAAGCCAUCAAAGUAGAAAGCUUAGAGGAUGUCAGAAAUCAGUGUACUGACCAUGGAGCGGACAUGAUAAGCAUACAUAAUGAAGAAGAAAAUGCUUUUAUACUGGAUACUUUGAAAAAGCAAUGGAAAGGCCCAGAUGAUAUCCUACUAGGCAUGUUUUAUGACACAGAUGAUGCGAGUUUCAAGUGGUUUGAUAAUUCAAAUAUGACAUUUGAUAAGUGGACAGACCAAGAUAAUGAUGAGGAUUUAGUUGACACCUGUGCUUUUCUGCACAUCAAGACAGGUGAAUGGAAAAAAGGAAAUUGUGAAGUUUCUUCUGUGGAAGGAACACUAUGCAAAACAGCUAUCCCAUACAAAAGGAAAUAUUUAUCAGAUAACCACAUUUUAAUAUCAGCAUUGGUGAUUGCUAGCACGGUAAUUUUGACAGUUUUGGGAGCAAUCAUUUGGUUCCUGUACAAAAAACAUUCUGAUUCUCGUUUCACCACAGUUUUUUCAACCGCACCCCAAUCACCUUAUAAUGAAGACUGUGUUUUGGUAGUUGGAGAAGAAAAUGAAUAUCCUGUUCAAUUUGACUAAGUUAAGUUUUUGGUAAUCUUGCACUAAGACAUCAACAAAAUGCCCUGGCAGAGAUAACUUGGGAAAGAUUUUAAUAUAAAACUUGACAUUGGAUAUUAGAGCUUUAAUGGUAUUCCUUAUUCCAGUAACAUUUUUAUGUACUCAUCUGCUGUGAAAAGUCUUUAGGUUCAUUAAAAAAACAGGUUUUAGAAAUGAUCUUAGAUCUAAUAUAGUGAUUUUAAGCAUCCCGUCAAAGGCAGAAUCUGUCACUUGAAUGAAGGAAAGCUUAAAGCCCAAGAAGCAGAUAAAAAUAAAAGCCCAGCCUAUUUGUCUUGCCUGCUGUAUCUUCCCUAUUUAGUUGACCCACUUUAGUUUAUAUGUUUAUUAGUAAACAUGAAAUGGGGAAUAAGUGAUUUUAAGUACAUCCCAUACAUUUAAAUAUCUUUGAUAAUUGUUAUUUUUUUUGGCAGAUAAUUCCUCUAGAAUGUGUAUCUUUUUAUGAUUUAGAUGAAGAAAAUUUUACAACUUUUAACACCCCACACCAAUUUUAGUUUCAUUACUUUUACACACACCAUUUUAUCACAAAUGACUCAAGUUUUAAUGAAUGUUUAUAAAUCAUUUGAAACAAAAUAUGAUCGCUGUGUCCAGGAUGGCAUAGAGAAAGCUGGCAAUUAGGUUAACACUUACAUAUUAUAGUGCCCCUUUAAGGAUUUCUGUCUUGCCACCAUACCUUUUGUACUUUCCCCUAUACAAGAUGUAUCUCAUUCUCCUCAAGCAUUUAUAAAUUUUUCCUUCAAUGACAUGAAAACUGUGUAAGCAAAAACCGAAGAAAAACACUUAAGUACAACUGUAGUGACAGUGAUCAAAGUUUUCAGUGCAUUUAUUGUACAUUUUAAGAAAAAGGUGAAAAUCAUUUGGGGAGUAAAAAAAUGAAAAAGCUGAAACGAGUAAUUUUCCUCACCAUCAAUAAACCAAAAACAGGAAAGAUAAAGAAUGUAUAAAUUUCACGUAAAUUAGUCACGUAUCACUUAUCAAUGGGGAUACGUUCUAAGAAAUGCAUAGUUAGGGAAUCUUGUGUGAAAAUCAGCUUGUAUUUACACAAACCCAGAUGGUAGAGCCUAUUUUGUCCCAAACCUACACAGCAUGUUACUGUGCUGAAUACUGCAGACAAUUGUAACACAAUAUUUGUGUAUCUAAAUAUAGAAAAGGUACAGUAAAAAUAUGGUCUACUAAGGAAACACUGUUCUAUAUGUGGUCCAUUACUGACUGAAGUAUACUGUCUAGAAGUCUGAGGCUCAAAGAAAAGUAAUCCCUCUUCUGAAUCCACACCCCAUCAAUUAUCUUACUUUCUUCUGGGGAGAUAUACUAUCUCACUAGCUUGACUAAUGGCAACAAAGUUCCAGCUUGUGUAGUCUCUUUUUAUUGACCACAUGAAUCGAAAACACUCAUCACAAUUAAUGGCACUAUCAUUAAUGAGACAUGAGUAACUAAAAAGUGACAGAAAACUAUUAACAGUGCGGCUACAUGGUACUGAAAAUGCAGGCAUUACACCAGCUGUUACACAAGCACAAGCAUGCUCUGUAAGAGCUUUACAUUUCUGAGAUUUUGUAUAGUGAUUGAGAUGUCUAUUUUAUUAUGGAUAGACUAUUACUAAUGUCAAUAUUGAACACUACCCUGGAAUUCCUGCCUGGUUUUCCUACCCAAAUUGUACCACUCCUUGAAGAACUACAGGCACAGUAAAAAAAUAUGGCGUAUUAUGUGAACUAAAAGAGUUCUAAAGGAGUUCUUAAAGGAGUGGUAGAAUUUGGGUAGGAAAGUGAUUAAGUCCAACUUAAAACCAACAGUCUCAAACGUCUACAACUACAAUGUCCAAUGUCCAAUGAGCCACUAGCCACAUGAGGCUAUUUAAGUAAAUUUAGUUUAAAAUCCAGUUUUCGAAUUACAUUAGCCACAUUGUCAAGUGUUCAAAUCACAGGUGGUUAGUGGCUCCUGUACAGGGCAACAUACAUUAUAGAACAUUUUCAUUAUAGGAAGUUUUAUUGGGCAGUGCUGCUCUUAAAUCCUACCUUCCAUUCAACUCCCAUACAACUUUCUUUUGUACAUUUUGAUACUUUCUACCUAAUGGCAGCUCUUCCAAAAUAGCUGCUUUAAACUCUGAUUUAACUUUCAAUAUUUGGUUUCAUUUUUCAACAGGCCAAGAGGCCUCUGGUAAUGAAGUGCUAUAUAUAUAUAUGACGGAGUCUCACUGUGCUGCCCAGGCUACAGUGCAGUGGCUCGAUCUUGGCUCUCUCCAAUCUCCGCCUUGCAGGUUUUCAAGCAAUUCUCCUGCCUCAGCCUCCUUAGUAGCUGGGACCACAGACAUCUGUCACCACACCCAGCUAACUUUUUGUAUUUUUGGUAGAGACGGGGUUUCGCCAUAUUGACUGGGCUGGUCUCAAACUCCUGACCUCAAGUGAUCCACCCACCUUGGUCUCCCAAAGUGCUGGGAUUACAUGCGUGAGCCACCACACUUGGCCUACAUUUUUUCUUUAUAUACCAGAACAUCUAUAACAGGCACCUUAUCUACUCAUUAGUGAAGAGAUAAUUGGAUUACACAGGCAGGCUUGUUUACUACAUCCAGAAUGUAGAAACUGCUUUCUUCAACAUCUUGGUUCUAGCUAGUAAUAACAAUAUAAUUCUUUGGCAGAUAUUCAGAAUAACAUUUUAAACUACAUUUUCUUAGAAAAUUGCAUUCUUGUAGUGAGCAGUGUAUGGUCUCUUUUGUUCAGAAUUUAAAACUGAUAACCAAUGAAAGCCUUUUCUCUUAUUCCUCUACCAUCAUUUACAUGAUAAUCUGAAGCUAAUAUGACAAUAUUUAAAUACUAAGUGGUACUAGGGAACUACAAGAAUACUGUAAAGCUUAAGCCAUUGUUAUCACUGUCAUUUAGCAUUUAAUAACAAAACUGUACAGAAUUAUGUGCAUACCAAUGAAUGUUUUGUACCAUCUAGUUAAAUUUUUUAAAUAAAGUUUUAUGGGUUAAGCA